CUAUCCAAUUAGCCUCCUUACCCAGGCGUCUGGCUCCGUAGCUGUGCCUGUGCGUCUUCCCCACCUGACUUGGAGCACCAACCUUACUGCGGUCGCUUAGAUGUGGUUGAAACGCGACCAUUGAUAAACCGAAUAAUGUCUCGUCUAGUGUGUUCCUGGUUACUCUGCGUUCAGGUUCCCUUUCUACGUACAGUUUACGAUGAUGUCCUCUUUCUUACCAUGAUUUUCGUUAGACUGAUCUUUUCAUUAUCAUCAUCAUGCUACACGACAAGAUGGGCAUGCUGUAGAGACGGCGACAUCCACUCAGUUCCAACCUCCACUUUAACUUAUAGGGGACUGUUCACUGUUCAGGCUAAGCCCUGUCGCAGGGGUUGUUGGCGGCUUUUUCUCCAUUGUCUCGAGGCCUGCUGUGCUCCUUUUCGUUUCUUGCGGUCACUCGUAUGCUGUCCGACUGACCCGUCUGGCGAGAUGGGCAUGCAGGGUAAAUAAGUGAUCAUCGAUCGCUGCCCUAGUGCUUCCCCAGCCGCCGGGUAAUCUAGGGCCGUUCACACUAGUUCGACCCGAAGGCUGGCUAUGUUUCUAGUUCCCUGAAUCGUAGAUGCGGAGUUGUAUGCCAAGCAGAGCUUUGUGAAAUUUCGCUCAAACAACAGCCAUCGCCGCUCUUUCUGGCCCCUCCUU